AUGGCUGAUAUGGGUAGUUUGGAAUUUCAAAGAAGAAUCCUCACUUUUGUUCUAAUAGCAUCUUUUUUAUUUAGUAGAAGUUUUUGCUUAGAUUUCUAUGGAACUGAUACUGAAGAAAGGGAGACUAUAAGAGCUAAAGUGAAACUUACAUCUAGUGUAUGUAAACUUAAUGAUUUGAAGAGUGAAUUGUAUAAUUGUUCAUUAGAUUCAGGAUACAAUAGAGUAGGUAUAUUAGAAUUUGAAUGCAAUACUCUGGAAAAGGAAUCAGAUAAAUUGAAGUUAUUGUAUGAUUGUAAUGCUUUAAGUAGAAAUAAAAAUAAGGAAAUCCUGGCUAAAGAAUGUAAACGUUUAAGAUGUCCAAAUAUGGAUAAAAAGAUUUAUAUAUUAGUCUUCAAGCUUUCUGAUGAUAUUGAAGAGAAGAACAAUUUCCAAUUAUAUAGGAACAAUUAUAGAUUAAUAAACUCUUCAAGAAAAAUAAAGAUUUCUCCAAUACCUAUAGUUCUAUUAACUAGAAAAGAUAUUAUUGAAUCUCUUUAUAAUGAUAGAAUAGUCGAUUAUAACUGGAAUUCUCCAUUUUUAGGGAAAUAUAUGGUGUAUAUAACAACUUUAGAUACAAAUGUUUCUUCAUUAGCUUGGCUUUUGAAUGAAAUGGAAAGUUUAUUUUCAGAAUUGAAAGGGAGGUUAAUUGAUGUAAAUUCUAAUUCAAAUGUUAAUUUAAGUCUUAUAUUUCAGUCAUACAUGAGUUUGAUAAGUUUAUCCUUAUCAUUAUUAAAUUUAAUGGAGAUUUAUUGGACUAGAGGUUCAGAAGUUAAUCAAAAUCUUUCAGGAAGAACUGAAAUUUCAAAAUAUGCAAGCCACUGUAACUUGGAUUUUGUAAGUAUUUUGUUAGAUUGUAGAUUUGCAUUAGAUAUUAUAAAUAAUGAUAAGGAAAGGGAUUUAAAUAUUAUAUUCGCAUAUUUUCAAGACAGGUUAAGGUUUGAUAUUAAUAAAUUCCAGAUAAUUUCAUCUACUUCAGAGAUUAAUAGUGGAAAUACAGGUAAUAUUUCUGAUUUGAAAUCAUUUCUAAAUGAUCCUUUUUUAUGUACAAGAUAUAGAAUAAAUUUUAAAGAGAAUGGUUUGCAAAAGUAUUUUUAUAAUGAGCAAAGAUAUCAAAUAAAUAAGUUUUUAAAUUUAAAACAUGUUCUCAAAGAGGAUAUUGUAUUUUUAAUAAGUAUAAUUUCAUAUAUUUUGGAGAAUGUGGCUCCUAGAUUUUCUGAGAACAUUCUAGGAAAGUUUAGUUCUUUGAGAGUCUAUAUGAAUCGAAUAAACAAUUUAACUAAGAGGCUAAAUGUCAUAAAAUCUGAAGUUUACAGUGUGUGUAGUAGAAAAUCAUUUGAAAGAUGGAGUAAAGGAGAGGAUUUGACUGAUUUAGAUGGGAAAGUAUGUAAUUUACAUUAUAGUUUGAAUGUAACAGAAGAUGUUAUGAAAUUACUGUACUCUGAAUUUGAGAAAUCUAGAUUAUUAGCUUUAAUGCCUCCAAUACUAACAUACUCUGAUAAUAAAUCGGUAUCUGCUGCUUUGUGUUUGCAUAGAGCUUUAUACAAGUCUAAUUUAAAGAAUAUUCGAGGUGAAAUUAUUGUUAAGGCUAUAAUACUAUCUUCAAACCGUUUUGCACUUAAAACAGAGUAUGAACAACUCUAUGAGGAAUGUCGUGGGUUUUGGGAAUUUAAUUUUAAUGAUUUAGUUUCUUUAGAGAGUUUGGGAAUAGUUUGUAAUAUAUAUGCAACAUGCAUGGGAAAUAAAAAAUUAAGUGAUAUUGUUGAAAGAAUUUUGACAGACUUUAGAAAUAUAGAUAUGGAAGGAGCUCUACAUAAGAAAUCUAUAAUGGCUUCAAAAUUAUGUACAAAAUACAGAAAACUUGUUACUUUUGUUGAAUUAGAAUAUAGAGAUGAAGAAGAAAGUGUUGACAUUAAUACUUUAGAGUGUAAUACUUACAGAAUAUUGCAAUUAGCCUAUAGGGGUGUCUCUUUUUUAACAAUACCAUCAGAAUACCAAGUGAAUCUGAGAGUAUAUAAUAAGAGUGGAUUUAUGAUGAAUUUACCAGAUAACUUCGUAGCAAAUCAAAUUGUGAUUAAUGAUUUUUGUGUAGAUCCGGAGAUAUUUACAAUUUUAGACUGCAAUGUAGUAGGGAAUCAAGAUCUGGAUAUCUCAGGAACUAAAUAUUUAGAUAAGGGUAAUGGGGUCUCAGAAUCAAGACAUUACAAUACUUUUUUAUUAGCUGAUAAUAUAGUAAUAAGAACAUCCUUAGAUUUUUUUAAGGGAAAUAUAGAUGAAUACGAGUACUUGUCAAAUGGUGUUGUAUUUGGAAGGAUACGAAAUAAACAUAUUGGUAAUCCUGUUAAAAUUGUCAACUUCUCAUAUUUACCUGAGAUAUUCAUAUAUGAAAAUAAUAAUAUAGGGGAUAAUGAUAAUAGGGGUAAUACUAAAUUAAUUGAAUAUGAUGAUACAACUAAUAUACAAAAAUUGGUAGUUCUUAAAGCUGUUUAUUCCAGCAGUUCACUUGCUUAUGUUACACUUCAGUUAGGAGAAUUUAGCACUUCUUCUUACUUUAAAACUGUGAGGACGUUUAAAGAGAAAUUUCUAUUACCAGACUCAAAUAAUCUUCAGGUUCCACUAGUUCCUACAAUUUUGCAAAUAUUCAAACAAAAUAGUGAAUAUCAUUUCGAUUCAUUCUUAUAUCCUACUAUACAGAUCCAAGAAUUUGUCAAUCCCUUAGUUAGCACAUCAACAGUUAGCAAAGACAUAUCUAAUCAACAAGAAACUCCAGGACAAUUAUUAGAUCCAUUCUCUAUAUAUAGGGAUCUUUGUAUUACUAAGCAAGAAAGUAUGGGAGUUUACACCAUAGAAAAUAUGACUAUUAGUAAUUCAAAAGAUUCAUUGAAAAAUUCAGAAGUUCCUUCUAUAGAUUAUCCUAUAGGCUUUGAUACUUUAUUAUCAUUAAUAGAAAAUAUUGAUUUAGAGUCAUCAAGAAGAAUUGCAGAAGGAAUAGGUUGGGAAUAUUUGGCAUUAUAUUUUAAAGCUAAAGCAUCAAUAUCUUAUUUAUUAAUUACUCAAGCAAUAACAUUUUGGACAGGAGGAUCAAAGUUUAGACAACACUGUGAUUUUCAUCUUGGAAAUAUACUUGUAAAAUUUUCAGCAGACUGGAAAAAUAAGGAAUGGUUAGAAGUUAUCAAAGGUAUUUGUGAAUAUUUGAAUUUAAGUCAUUUAGUAAUUGUAGAUUUGGAUCUUUCAUAUGAAUCAGAUAAUGAAAUUAAUAAUUUAGAAAGGGAUAUAGAACUUUUUGAUACAAUUUCUCCUUGUAAAUUAGUGCAAUUUGAAGCUACAUUAUCUAUAGUAUUAACAGAAGAUGACCAUAUAAAUCUUUCGAAAGAUAUAAUUGAGAAUUCUCUUGGCAUAUCUUAUAUUAUUGAACAAAUUAAUAAUAUAAAACCUGAUAUAAAUGUUAUUCAUGAACUUAAUAACAUGUAUCCUGAUAUUAUGAAUAUUUAUGAUAAUUAUUACAAGAAAUUGAGUGAUAUACAAGAUAAUAUAAAUAAUUUAAUUGGGAGUGGCAAUUUCAUAUUCUCAAGAGCUUUUAAAAUUUUUGUGGAAAUUAGAUAUAUACUUAGAAAUUUCCUUUUAAAGCUUAAUAACUUUGUUAAUAAUGUUCCUGAUUACAAUUUAUUUGAUUAUUUAAUAUUAGAUAUGUACCGAAGUGGAGUAGAGAAAAAAUAUAUCUAUUUCUCUAAAAUUGGCAAUAAAAAUGAUUUCUCCAAGGAUAUAAGCUUAGAUAUAAAUAUUAAUAAUAGUUCAAAUAAAAAUCCUAGUAAUCUAAAGUGGUUACACAUAUUACCAGAAUCUCUACCAAAUUUGCAAAUAUUCUCAAAAGUUAUAUAUUGUAUUAUAGACACUUUAGCAGUUAUUUCAUUUUAUCCAAAACUAAAAUUUAGUGAUUUAAUUAAUUUUCUAUUACAACAUUCAGUAAACAUCAUUUACUUAAGAAAAAUAGACUAUGGAAGUAAUAUUAAGAACUUAGAAAUGAUUAAAAGUAAGCUAAAUAGUGAGAAAAAAACUUUUUUACAAUGUAUAGAUAAUUCUUCUAUAACAAAUAUUAUUGAAGAAAAUGCCAUAUUAAUUACUAAUAAUGCAUUUCAGUUAUCUAUGAAAUAUCAACCAAUACUUUCGAACUCUUUAUUACCAUCUCAACUUGAGCUAAUAAAUAAUUCAAAUAUAUAUCAAUCAGUUUUACUUGCUUAUAUGUAUCAUUUUGAUUUCUUCAUUUCGGAUUCUAUGGCAUCUAUUAACUCAAUUGGUAAUUCAAAUUCAUUUGUAAAACUUAAGGCUGAUGUAAUUAUCAAAAAUAACUUAGGAAUAUCAUCAGUAUCUUUAAACCUUUCUAUUAAUCAAUGGAGAAGCUUGUUGGAGCUACAUUAUUUUUGUAAUAAAUAUUCUCAAAUAGUUAAUUCUAAUAAUUAUAACAUCAAAUGUAAAUUAAUUUCUAAUUAUCAAAAAUUAAAACUAAAUACCCCAGGACUUAUUAUUCUUAGUUGGAUAACAGAAAAUUCACGAAAUUAUCAUAAAAUUGUCUUUCCCUGGGUUUAUAGUAGUUCAUUUUCAGAAGUUAUUGAUCAUUCUAUGAAUUUAAAUCCUAUUAAUGGAAUUACAGUUCUAGCAGAAAUUUCAGGGGUCUCAAAUACGUUCAGGAAAAACUCUCUAAAACCUAAUAUUUUUAUUCACAAAAAUUAUGUUUCUAUUUUUAGUUUUGGAUCUCAAAGGAUAAAAUAUAAGAUUCCUUCUUCAAUUAGUGAAAGGUACAGUAUUCAAACGAUCCCACUAUUUUUUGAUUCAUAUUUAGGAUUUAAGAAUCUUCCAUUGGAUUCUUUGGUAGCUUAUAUAUUACUUGAAAAUGAAGUUACUUUGUACAAAUGGCUUCAAAAUAUCCUCUCCAAUUAUGAAAGUACUUUAGACAAGCACACUAAGAAUAUAAUCAAAAAUAAAGUAGCUCAGAUUUUUGGAGCAGUUGUUCGUACUUUUAUAUCUAUUUGGAAAUCUUCUUCAAAAUGUAGACAUGAUAAAAGUGAGUUAUGCCUUCCACUUCUUUGUGGUAUCUCUAGUCAUAACAUAAUUUUAUUUAUUAACUCUUCUCAAAAUAUAGAUAGUAUAAAAUUUGCAUUUAUGUAUGAUAUGGAAAUGCAAAUUAUAAGUAAAUCUGAAGAUCAGAAACUUCAAUACUAUGAACAAGAUUAUGAACAAGAUACUAAUAGCUCUGAAUAUCUUCAACAAUAUACAGAGUUUAUUUCAUAUAUAUUACCUGAAUAUUGUGGUCAUGUGAAGUGGAAUUUAAAUGACUUAUUAACUGUUUUACAUUCAGCUGAUAACUUAAUAAAAUUCCUAAAAGAUGAAAUUGUUACUCUCAAUCCUAAUGUAUUAUUCUCUAGUAAGGUAAAAAAUAUAAAUAAAAAGUAUGUGAAAAUUUCCUUGUACGAAAGUCUCAAAUAUAUAAAUUACAAGUGCAGAGAAAUUCAACAGCUUGUUAAAUCUCCUAAUAUAAUCUGUUAA